UUUGUACUAUAGAAUAUUUACUUUGCAUGAUGUCAAAUAUAAGGUGUUUCUGCAUAAAAUUAUAAAGGAAUUUACAUAUGUAUUUGGGUAGGAAUUAAGGCGAUAAAAGGUGUAAAAUGAGAUUCAAAAUAUCUGCACAAAACCGUAAUGGUCAUAAGCGUUUGGUAACAUGUGUAGCAUGGAGCUCUGCAGAAGAAAUUUAUUCUUGCGGCGAGGAUCAUCUAUUAAUAUCAUGGCACUUAGAAGGUGGAAUCGCACAUUCUAGCAUUGUCACAGAAUUUCCUGAUGAUUUUUAUCCGACUGAUAUGCAAUGGCAUCCAAGACCGAAUUAUGCUCUAUUAAUUACCAAGAAACAAUCGUUAGAUGUGCUCUUAAUUACUACAGCUGAUGGAAAGUAUCAUUUAGUGAACAAAAAUGGACGUAUAGAAAAAAGUGUAGAUGCUCACAAAGGAGCAACUACAGUAGGCAGAUGGAGCAGUGAUGGUUCUGCACUCUUGACUGCUGGUGAAGAUGGUUUGAUAAAAGUGUGGUCACGUAGUGGCAUGCUUCGUUCCGUUGUGGUCAGAGGCUCAUUCCCUAUUUUAUCAGCUGCAUGGAGUCCAGAUUGUACCACAGUAUUAUAUUCCCAGAGUGGUCAUUUAACUUUCCAGUCACUUAACUCUAAUUCUAAACCUCGCAAGUUAUUAGCGCAUGAUGGUCUCAUUUUGGUUUUGUGCUGGAAUCAUACUCAUGGAUUAAUAAUCUCCGGUGGAGAAGAUUGUAGAUACAAGGUAUGGGAUUCCAAUGGCACUCAAUUAUUCUCUAGUAAUGCGGGAGAUCAUCCCAUCACUGCAGUGAGUUGGAGUUAUUCUGGAAACUAUUUUGCUGUGGGAUCAUUUAAUACAGUUAAGCUGUGUGAUAGAACAGGAUGGUCUCAUUCAUUAGAGAAAGUUAAUGCUGGAAGCAUUUACAGUAUUGCUUGGUCAAGUGAUGGCACUCAAGUAGCUAUGGCUUGCAGUAAUGGAACUGUACUUACAGGCCAUAUAAUUGAUAGGAGAUUGGAGUGGAACAACUAUGAAGCUACAUUAGUUAAAAGAAAAGUAAUUGAAAUCAGAGAUGUUGGUAAUGAAAUACGAGAAACAUUGGAGAUAUCAGAUCGCGUUGUUCAAUUAGAGUUCGGUUUUGAUCAUUUAGUCGUUAUCACACCUGCACAGUGUCAUGUUUACUCUGUUACAAAUUGGAAUACACCUGCUAUAUUCGAUUUGAAGAAUACUAGUGUAUCAGCAGUCCUUCUAGCAGAAAAGCAUUUUUUAUUAGUUGAAUGGAAUAAUGUACUAUUAUACAGUUACCAAGGGCGGCUAUUAGGAACUCCAAAAUGGAAAGGAAUGACACAGGAACGACUUUAUCCAUCCUGUAUAUCAUUAUGUUCUGAUACUUUAGUUAUAAGAUCACAAAGUAACGACAAAAUACUUCAUGUUUUGGAAGUUGCUUAUAAUAAACCUAUAGUAGAAAGUCAAGCAUACACACAUCUUCAAAGUAUUACAAGAGUUGCAUUAAAUCACGUUGGUGGAUUAACUGAUAGACAAGUAGCUUUAAUUGAUAUAAAUAAGGAUUUGUUUCUGGUCUCUAUACGAGCUAGUGGUUUUGGUAGAGUAUGUAAAAUAGCGGCUAUGACACAAGAUAUAGCAUGGGCGGCUGAUGCAAAUGUUUUAGCAGCAAUGCUGGAUGCAACAUUAUCCGUCUGGCUAUGUCCCAAUUGUGUGCACUAUAGUGAUCGUAAAAUCAUACGAAAAACAAGAAUCGACAAAGAAAGCAGUGAAUUUGGUAAGCAGCCAAGUAUAGCAAAUGUGUAUAAUGGAAUGGUAAUGGUAAGACGCGGUGAUGGGGCAUUAGUAGCUUCUUCCUUUUAUACUUUUUUUAUUAGUCUUCAACAGCAUAUUUUAAAUAAGAGAUGGAAAGAAGCAUUGUCCCUUUGUCGAAUUGCUCAGAAUGAAAUAUUAUGGACUUGUAUGGCUGUUAUGGCAACUGAUGAUAAAGAAUUGGAUGCUGCUGAAGAAGCGUACGCAGCAAUUUCAAGAUACGACAAAGUCGAUUAUAUUCAGUAUAUUAAGAGACUACCAAGCAAAACAGAAAGAUUAGCAGAAAUGGCACUUCUAUCAGGGGACUUACUAACUGCAGAAGGAAUUCUUUUACAAAAUGGAUUAAUUGAAGAAGCUAUACGAAUUAAUAUUGAAGUGUACAACUGGAAUAGAGCGUUAGAGUUAGCAAUCAGACAUAAAAAGCAACAGGAUGAAGUACUAAAUGCAAGAAAAAAAUAUCUUCAAGUUAUUAAUAAGGAAGAGACAAAUCAAAGCUUUCUUGCAUAUGUAGCAAAUGUUGCCAAAUCACAAUGAGACAAAAACUGUUUUCACUAGGAAGCCACUAAACAGACUACCUAUAAGGCAGAUGAAAUCGAAUUACCUGAGGCAGAAAUACAAAAGCAGGAAACGUUGGAUGAGGAAAUGCAGAUCUGAAAACGUAAAACUAGCUGCGUUUAUACGAAUUGUUUGUUAAAAUAUAUAUCUAUGAAAUAUAACGAACCGGUAUUGGAAAAUAUUUAAAUUAAAAAAUCUUUUAAUUAUUAAGAUAGAAUAAGCGACACAACAAACAAUUUACAUGCAGCAAAGAGGAUACUUGAAUUCAAGGACAGUGCAGUAAAGUUGGUUUAAUAUAUUUAUAUUUAAUACGUAUUAUAAAACUAAUAGUUUUAAAGAUAUGGAGAUCAUGAUAAUUAUUAAAAUGGUAAUUAUAAAUAACAAUCCGAGUUUCCGUGAAUACCAUAUAGUCUCUUUUGUCGGCGGUCUGUACCGUGUUGUUAAAGCAGACUGAAAUUAAUAGUACAUCUAUUUUUAAAGCAACGAACAUGAAUAUUAUUUCUACUCUAUCAAAAUAAUUUGAAUAAAUCUGGAUAAUUUUCAAAAUAA